UACAAUAUGUGGCGGUGUGCAGGGGUAGGGAAGGUAGGGCCAGAGUUUCGGAGCACGUUCAGUUGACAGGCGUCGCCGUUGCCACUCGAUUCGGAUAACAACACAGCCUAAGACACGGAGCUGUCGCCAGAUACUCACCUUUAUCUGGAUUAAGCCAAGAAAAGACGUUUUGGACGGAGCGAGCUGAAGGCGGAUGAGCGCAGCCCGCGGGAGGGCAAGUGUGUUUCUGUGGCGGGGUCCAGUUAGCGAAAGAUGAACAAAAACCACCGAGCGCCGAGCAACCGAACUCUGAACGCCGUGGAGGUGAAAAGCAAGUUUGGAGCAGAGUUCAGGCGGUUCUCUUUGGACCGGUCCAAGCCGGGACGUUUUGAUGAGUUCUAUGGCUUGCUACAGCAUGUGCACCGGAUCCCCAACGUGGACCUGCUCGUGGGUUACGCCGAUGUUCACGGGGACCUGCUACCUAUCAACAAUGAUGACAACUACCACAAAGCUAUCUCCGUGGCAGUGCCCCUGCUCCGCCUCUUCUUGCAGCGGAAAGAGGAGGCAGAUUACUCCGCAUUCGGCACGGACACUGUGACCCGUAAGAAGACCCCAGCGGCGCUUGCUGCAGUACUUCUCCGUCCGGACGCCAACAAGAAGAAGCCUCCUAUCAUCAUCAGCCUGCCCAAAGAUUUUCGCCCAGUUUCCUCCAUCAUCGACGUGGACAUUCUCCCAGAAACUCACCGUCGCGUCCGUCUCUACAAACACGGUCAGGAAAAACCACUGGGCUUCUACAUCCGUGAUGGUUCCAGCGUGCGUGUUACACCCCAGGGCCUUGAAAAGGUUCCGGGGAUCUUCAUCUCCCGCAUGGUCCCUGGAGGCCUGGCGGAGAGCACGGGCUUGCUGGCCGUCAACGAUGAAGUUUUGGAAGUCAACGGCAUUGAGGUGGCUGGAAAAUCCCUGGACCAAGUAACGGACAUGAUGAUCGCGAAUAGCCACAACCUCAUUAUAACGGUCAAACCAGCCAAUCAGCGCAAUAAUGUGGUACGCAACGUCAAUAGUGGAGGCGGGGCCACAUCUGGCAGCUCAGGACGAUCCUCCGACAGCAGUACCAGUUUCUAUGGAUACUCGGCACCAGGCUCCAUGGCAAUGACUCCUUCCCAUAUUAUUCAGAACUAUGAGCCAGAUGAUGAAAGUGAGGAUGAGGAGGAUUUGGUGAUCGAGGGCGAUGGAGAGGCUAAACUUAUUCCCCUGGCACCAGCUCGGGCGACAGCCAGCUCCAGCUUGCCCACUUUGCCCAGAUAUGAACCCCACCUCAACCUCCGCCCUGCUAAUGGUGCCAUAGUAACCAGUGCGAGUGUGGGGUCCUUGAAUGCCCACGACAGAGGCCUUGAGGGACGAAAUCUAGAGGAGGACGGCACAGUCAUUACACUGUAGAGACAUGAGAAACACAAUUACAAUGACUGAAGCAACAUACACUGUUUUGCUAAAAGUAUGUGGAUACCCCCUUCUAUUUUGAAGACAUUUUGGGUCAUAUAGUAUAUAUAAUCAUCCUUAAACAGAAUCACAUGCCAGUACACACUCUUGUGUGCCAUAGGACUGACAAUGCAUGCCUUUUAUUUGGGUGAGCAGUGAAUCUAGGACCAAGAGAGGUGGCCAGUCACUACAGCACCUUAAGGCACUUCUCUAUAACCACAGGACCAGGUCGUUCCUAUAAUCAAUGGAGAGCAGCACAGCACUAAAAAAAGCUGCAUUAUGAAUAAUAAUGAACUUCCUGAGUCCGUUUGAAUGAAUGCAGAUAUCUGCAGGGUGUUAAUGUCUGUCACAUGACUAAGAAUGGAUCUACUUAGGCCCCAUGUAAGGCACGACAAUCAUUGACUUUGACAAACACUCCCUUUCAAAGCCACAUGACGCUAGCAUUAUCAAAGAGAACAAAGUACAAUGGCAAACCCAUCCUGUGUGUUACCAUGGUAACUGACUCAGAUCUGGGAUCUUUGAUGGUACUUUUCAACUUUAGGAGGAAUGCUAAAAUAUGUGCUUCAUCAUUUCCUGUCUGCUACACUAACAUGCCUCUCAUGAUGUCAGCUUACUGGUUCUUAAUGUUUUUUUAAGGGAAUCAUGAACAUUUAUAGAGGCUAGACUUAAUGUUUAGGACAUGUUUUUGACUUAAUGUUUUUUUUUUUUUUUUUGUAACUGUAUGAUCGGACAUUUCAGUAAGCUUUUAGAGUGCUGCCUCAGUUGAGAUACAGAUUCCAUGUACAGUCUCGCUCAAAAGUUUUUAAUCAUUGCCAAAAAUACAGAUUAAUGUCAUAUUUUUCAUACUGAUAUUUUUUUAUUUGUACCACUUUUAUUACUUUAUGAAAAGGGCUAUCUACUCUCUUUCUGCUACCUGUGGUUCCUUUUACCCAUUGAAUUUAUGGCACAUGUAAUAAGGCUUGAGAACCCUCUCUGUGGGUCUGGAAUAUAUUACCAUGUUUUCAUUGAGCACCUUGAAGUGGACAGUAGACUGUUUCAUGUAUGAAGGGUGUCUCUAAUUCUCAGUCUCUGAGCAAUACGCAUUUGAGUGAAUCAUUGAGAAACAAAGUGUGAUUUGCAGUGAUUUCUAUGAUGGUUGAGCAUUGCUAGAAUAUCCAACAUCUCUUCCCUUAUUAAUGUUUUAGGGGUGAGAACUUGUUUUGGGGUCAUCAAAGGCCAAAAACUUCAGAAAUUAUGUCACAAUGGGGUUUGGUUUCAACAUUGGCACAGGACGGGUGUGAUUUGGUGGGAGCAGACUUCAUUAAGAUUUUGUAUCUUUUUAAGAUAUGCUCUGCAGGCUUGCCUAGCUGAAAUCUCAUUGCAGAACCCCCUGUUAAGCUCACAUUCAAAAUUAUGUUCACACUUCAUGUCCAUGUCUAACUUCCACACCUUAAACAAUCAAACACAUUGUGUGAAAGGUACGGUUUGGCCUUCCCACUUUUUCAUAUACACCGAUCAGCCACAACAUUAAAUCCACCUGACUAAUAUCGUGUAGGUCCCACUCGCGCCACCAACACAGCUCUGGCCCAUCAAGGCAUGGACUCUACAAGACCUCUGAAGGUGUCCUGUGGUAUCUGGUGCCAAGACUUUAGCAGCAGAUCCUUUAAGUCCUGUAAGUUGCAAUGUGGGGCCUCCAUGGAUCGGAGUUGUUGGUCCAGCACAUCCCAUAGAUGUUAAAUCGGACUGAGAUCUGGGUAAUUUGGAGGCCAAAUCAACACCUUGAGCUCUUUGUCAUGUUCCUCAAACCAUUCCUGAACAAUUUUUGCAGUGUGGCAGAGCGCAUUAUCCUGCUGAAAGAGGCCACUGCCAUCAGGGAAUACCGCUGCCUUGAAGGGGUGUGCAUGGUCUUCAACAAUCUUUAAGUAGGUGGUACGUGUCAAAGUAAUAUCCACAUGAAUGCCAGGACCCAAAGUUUCCCGGCAGAACAUUUCCCAGUGCAUCACACUGCCUCUGCCAGCCUGCCUCCUUCCCAUAGUGUAUCCUGCUGCCAUCUAUUCCCCAGGUAAACGAUGCACACGCACCCGGCCGUCCACAUGAUCUAAAUGAAAACGUGAAUCAUCAGACCAAGCCACCUUUUUCCAUUGCUCCAUGGUCCAAUUCUGAUGCUCAAGUGCCAUUGUAGGCGCUUUCAGCGGUAGACAGGGGUCAGCAUGGGCACUCUGACUGGUCUGCGGCUAUGCAGCCCCAUACGCAGCAAGCUGUAAUGCACUGUGUAUUCUAACACUUUUCUGUCAUGGCCAGCGUUACGUUUUUCAGCAAUUUGUGCUACAGUAGCUCUUCUGUAUUAUCGGACCAGAUGAGCUAACCUUCGCUCCCCACACGCAUCAGUGAGCCUUGGACGCACAUGACUCUGUCGCUGGGUCACCGCUUGUCCUUAGACCACUUUUGGUAGGUACUAACCACUGCAUACCGGGAACACCCCACAAGAUCUGCCAUUUUGGAGAUGCUCUGACCCAGUUGUCUAGCCAUCACAAUUUAGCCCUUGUCAAAUUCGCUCAGAUCUUUACGCUUGACCAUUUUUCUUGCUUCCAACACAUGAAAUUCAAGAACUGACUGAUCACUUGCUGCCUAAUAUAUCCCACCCCUUGACAGGUGCCAUUGUAACUAUAUAAUCAAUGUUAUUCACUUCACUUGUCAGUGGUUUUAAUGUUUUGGCUGAUCAAUGUAUAUUACUGAUUUCCAAAAAUGAAUUGCAUCAUGCAUCUUUGUCUUCUCCAUGAACAAAUGUAAAGCUCUUAUUUGCAAAGCGUUCCUUAAAUGUUCAAAUGACUUUAGUUACAUAUAUCCCCUUUUUAUGUCAUUCAUACAUACAUAUCAUAAUAAUAUGCAUGAUUUCUGGGCACACAGCUGUAUGCUUCAAUGUAAGCUCUUAAGAUCUCAGAGUUUGUGUGAGCGGAUGCACUAAAAGAGACUGACAGGAUUCAAUAGUGCCUCACACUAGCCUUCGCCCUUACUGUUAGGACCUGCUGUCGGAGAUUCAGCCGAACUAACCUUUCAUAAGCUUCUUUUCUCUUUUUCGGUCUCUUUAAACUCACUGCUGUCUCACUUUCACAAUAACUGAUGAGAAUCCUAAACAUUGGACAUUUAUGAGCAGACCACAUAUCUGCUGUCUCACACAGAGCAUUUCAUGGCACUUACACUACCAAAACCUGCUUUGAGUAGCACACGCACUGUAGCUAUAAUCGUAUAAGCUUCAUUCAGAUCAUCCUUAAGGUACAAACGACAUAUUGAAUGAAGUCUUGAGCUGUGUUAAUUUAUUUUUAUAUAACCACUACACAUGAUUUGGGAUUGUAACCACAGAAAUUGUAUUUAUUUUCAAUAGACUCUAUAUGUAUUUUUACUUGCUUUGUUUUAGCUGACAUACAAACCUCAUGAUUAUGAUUCUUUUUUUUUUUUUUUUUGGAUAAUUUUUUUGUGUGUGUGUGUUUGUGUAAUUAGACCACCAAACUGUCUCUGUCAUGUUUGAACUGACCCAUUAUGACCGGCCUGGUUUCCAUAGUGAGGGCAUCAGUUUUCACAAAGAGCCAGCUGUCCAUCAGCAUCUUUGAUGGAGCUUAAUGCUAAAAAAAUUUUGGGAAAGAAAUAUGAAGAAUAUAACUUGCUAUUUACCAAACUGUGAAUAUCUUUGCAUUUCUAAAGGAGACCAUGUAUCUAUGACCACCUGCUAUGGGAAACCUAGAAAUGGGCUUUUAAGCAUUAUCAUUCCUGUGUCAAUUCCUCUUUUUGAUAAUGAGCUUACCAGAUACAUCUUAAGGUAUAGAUUUGUACUGAAAUUGUCAGUAUUUUCUUAUUAGUACAACAUGAUGUAAAUUUGUUUCACAUAAUGGAACUUUUAAAAGGAUAAAUACUAUAUUAAGACAUAGCUGUACAUGUAUUAUAGUCAAAUCUUGGAUGAAAUAAACUAAUAUGUAGAAAAUC